UCAAAUUGGAGGAGAGUUGGAAGUUUUUAGCAUCUGGGGUUUUGUUAGAAAUGACUAUGUUGUGGAGUGAUGAGGAUAAGACUAUGGUGGCAGCUGUAUUAGGAACAAAAGCUUUUGAUUACUUGAUGUCUAGUUUAGUUUCUGCUGAAUGUUCUUUAAUGGCAAUGGGGAGUGAUGAGAAUUUGCAGAAUAAGCUGUCAGAUCUUGUGGAACGUCCGAAUGCAAGUAAUUUUAGUUGGAAUUACGCCAUUUUUUGGCAGAUUUCGCGGUCUAAGUUGGGGGAGUUGGUGUUAGGAUGGGGAGAUGGUUGUUGUAGGGAAGCUAGGGAAGGAGAGGAAUCUGAACUUACUAGGAUUCUUAAUCUACGCCUCGCUGAUGAGGCUCAACAAAGGAUGAGGAAAAGGGUUCUUCAGAAGUUGCAUAUGUUUUUUGGUGGAACAGAUGAAGAUAACUAUGUGUUUGGAUUGGAUAAAGUCACCGAUACUGAAAUGUUCUUUCUUGCUUCAAUGUACUUUUCGUUUCCUCGAGGGCAAGGUGGUCCGGGGAAGUGUUUUAGUGCUGGUAAACAUGUGUGGUUAUCGGAUAUUAUGAGGUCGUCUGUAGAUUAUUGUUCCAGAUCUUUUCUGAUGAAGUCUGCUGGUAUGCAAACAGUUGUUUUGAUCCCAACUGAUAUAGGGGUAGUGGAAUUGGGAUCUGUACGAACUAUACCAGAAAGUUUGGAGCUUGUACAUUCAAUAAAAUCUUGCUUCUCGUCGUUUUUGGCACAAGUUAGGGCUAAGCAAGCGGCAUCUGUAGCAGAUGUAACUGAGAAAAAAAAUGGAAACAAUUCUAUGUUUCCCAGCUCUUUUCCUUUUGAGCAGUCAAAGGGAAAUCCUAAGAUUUUUGGGCAGAAUUUAAAAUCUGGUUCUACCGAGUUUAGGGAAAAACUUGCUGUCAGGAAACCGGUGGAUAGGCCACUGGAAAUGUACAGAAAUGGAAACAGGGCUCCCAUCAUAAAUACACAAAAUGGUGUACACCCCGUAGCAUGGGCUUCAUUUGGUAAUGUGAAGCCAGGGAACUCCGUGGAGCUCUAUAGUCCUCAGGCACCACCAAACAACUUACGAGAGUUUGUCAAUGGUGGAAGGGAAGAGCUCCGGUUAAAUAGCCUCCAGCAUCAAAAGCCUGGUAGAAUGCAAAUAGAUUUCACCAACUCAAGACCCGUUGUUUCUCCAGUGCCCACUGUUGAAUCCGAGCAUUCAGAUGUUGAAGUUUCAUGUAAGGAAAACCAUGCAGGACCAGCUGAUGAAAGGAGGCCUCGAAAGCGUGGAAGAAAACCAGCCAAUGGAAGGGAAGAGCCCCUCAAUCAUGUAGAAGCUGAGAGGCAACGGAGGGAAAAGCUGAACCAGCGGUUCUAUGCAUUACGAGCUGUUGUUCCAAAUAUUUCCAAAAUGGACAAAGCUUCCCUCUUAGGAGAUGCCAUUGCUCACAUCACUGACAUGCAGAAGAAGAUUAGGGACGCGGAAUAUGAGCUGGAAAGGCUAGGAAGCACCUCUGUGGAAGCAGCUGAUAUCAACAUUGAAGCUGCCAGUGAUGAAGUCAUUGUAAGAGCUAGAUGCCCACUGGGAACCCAUCCUGUAGCAAAAGUCGUUGAAGCGUUCAAAGAGGUACAGGUCAGCGUUGUUGAGUCAAAACUUGCCGUGGGGAAUGAUACAGUAUAUCAUACAUUUGUGGUCAAGUCCAAUGGAUCCGAACAGCUAACGAAGGAAAAGCUAAUGGCUGCAUUUUCUGGUGAAUCAAACUCUCUCUAGACAUACUCAUCGAUCCGUAGGAUAACAAAGGCAAUAUCAUUUUAGUCUACAUUCCAUUUCUUUGUUUCUGCAAAGGUUUUGGUAUACAACAGUUCAGUCUAGGAAUAGAGAAAAUAACUAGCUAUUGACAAAGUAGCGGUAAUUCUUUCCUAUAUCUGUUUAUAGUAUACAUGUUUGUCAAAAGAAAGCUAGAUGAAUCGCUUUGUAAGCUUAAAUCUCUUUUGCUUAUGCUAGUUUUUUCAUAUUGUUA